AUGUUCGACGAAUUGACAUCUGCUGAAGGCGAUAUAAUAAUACUGAAGCGAGACGUGGACGAUCAAUGGAUUUAUGGCAUGAAUAAUCGUACGGGAAAGCAUGGAAUAAUUCCUAUAUCAUUUUUGGAUAUACGAGUGCCCCUGGCAUCAGCAUCUUCAUCCCAUGGAGUGACCGCGACUGCUAUAUAUGAUUAUGACUCGAAAACACCCGGUGAUCUCACGGUAUGUCAGAUCGAUACAUUGAUCCACUUCGCAUUUUUCUUUAUUCAACAAUGA